AUGCGAAGCACACUGCGCAGUCGCGCACCCCUUUCCCGAACCUCCACCUUCUUCUCCCUCUUCUCUCCCCCAACUGCCGUCGCAGCAGCAGCGCCGACCGCCGCCGCACGACCUACCUCCGUCACCGUCCUUGACCAUCAUUUCCCUUCCCCUCUCACCACAACCCGUUCUCUCCCUCUCCCUCUCACUCCUCUCACCCCUCUCACCGUGACCAACCCCUCCGCCGCCACCCCGCCAUCACUGCCGGCGGCUCGCUCCGUCUCCUUCCUUCCUGCACAUUCCCCUAUCAUUCUCCUCUUUCACCAUCACCAACCCUUUCCCCCUCAGUUUCUCAUUCUUCAGCCCAAACCACCGCCCCGGCCGUCUUCACCGUCACCGUUCACGGCGGUUCCAAUUUCUGUCUCUGCUGCCCCUGCCCUAUCCUAG